UGUAAGAUCCCGACUGUCCUCGGACUGUGAUAAAUUUUUAAGCGAAGUAAGCCUACCUUUCAUUGCGGAUGCGUUUACUCUAGUUUAAAAUGGAUUAUCGACGAAAAAAGAAACUGACAUUUUUCACUAUUGGGCUAAUCUUUCUUUUGAGUGGCAUCGAAUACGCUGUGAUCUUGCCCACGAUAUGGGGAUACCUGCAGGUACUGCAUGCAGCGCCGUUCUUCCUCGGCCUUGGCUUGUCGGCGUUCAGCCUAAGCGGUCUGCUCUCGGGGCCGCUGUUUGGGCACUGGUCCGACCGGACGCGCACCACGAAGAGCGUCGUCCUCUUUUCCAACGUCUUUGAGAUUGUUGGCAACUUCAUGUAUUUCAUUGGCUACUCCAAGUGGCUUUUGCUGUCCAGUCGGUUGGUCGCUGGCGUUGGGGCAGGAGCCGCCUCCUCUAUUUUUGGGUUCAUCACCCAGAGCACGGCCCCAGAAGACCGUGCCAACGUCUUCGCAGCCGUUAUGGCGUGCCGACAGGUCGGACUCCUGAUUGGUCCAGCAUUCAACAUCUUCCUUAGACUGUGUGAUUUCCACCUGGGGCCAUUUCUAGUGGACAAAUACACUUCACCUGGGCUCUUCAUGUGCAUGAUGUGGGCCCUGCUCCAACUGGUGGUGCUACUCAUGUACUGGGACCUCCCUCCUGAGGCUGAAGACAAGGAGAAGGAGGUGGAGGCAGAGGAGGAGGAGGAGGAGGUGGAGGGAGUAGAGGAGGAUAAGCCCUUGAUGGGCCCCGAGGAACCUCUGGAGACAUACAGUGCCGUCACCCCCGAACAAUUAGAGGCCCUCAUCAUCCCCAAUGGGAACGCAGCUCACGGUUCUCCACCUCCCAGCAUAACAGAUGCAGACCCCUUCCAGAACUUCAGUGUUCGCAAUGAGUUCUUGAGGGAGGAGGUGGUGAUUCUGCUCACAGCCCAGUUCAUCACUCUCUUCAAUCAGACUGCACUAGAGACAAUGGUGACCCCUCUGACCCAGAAGUACUUUAACUUCCGGGAGCUGGAGAACAGCGUGAUGUACUUCCUGUGUGGGGUGGAGGUGAUCGCCGGCUUCUUCUUCGUGCGCUGGCUGAGCCAGAAGGUGGCGGAUCGCGUGGUCCUGGUCGUGGGCCUGAUCAUCUGCAACGUCUCCUGUGCCUGGUGCCUCAUCUUCCUCGCCAAACCCCGGGGCAGUUUCACAUGGCAGUUAACGGAGUUCAUCAUCGGGGUGUUCCUGCAGCUUCUGGGGCUCCCAUUCGUUGCUGUGUCCCAGGUGUCCCUGUUCUCUAAAGUGACUGCAGUGAAGACACAAGGGUUCAGCCAGGGAGUGAGGUGGUCAGUAGGGGGUUUGGGCACCAUUCUGGGUCCCCUCUGGGCAGGCGGACUGACAGAGCACCUGUAUGUGAUGCUGGGAAUGAUGUUGGCUCUCCUCGUACUGCUAACUAUUAUGGUGAUGUUUUCCUACAAUCGCCUAGUAGAACCCUGUGUCGUGCAACAUGCUGACAGCCUGGAAGACUGUAUGUAGAGCUGAAAGGUAGUUCUCCUAGAAAUUUGAGCUAUUACAGGUAAGGGAUGGAUAUUUAUGACACAUAACUCGAGUGGGUUACUUUUCUCCUUGAACCCAAAUUCACUUUAAUGUAUUUCCCGGAAUGUGUCAUUUGCGGCCCCCGUUGUGGCCCCUAGAAUUGGUCUGAGCACCGGGUUUGAAUAUAGGUAGGAUACAGAAUCAUAUCCAGCAUACAUUUUGUAGAAUACUGAAACAUGUCCAAACAUAAUAAUCCAGAAUCGGUUCUUUGACAACUGUUUUCCCAUGACAGACCCUUCAAUUCUUCUCUGACAUUCUCAGACAAAUGUACAUUUAUGUGCUGCUGUGAACUGCCUGGACAUGACAUGUAAACAAAUACAGACCAUUCAGAGAGCAACCUGCAAUCUUCGUAACAAAAAUGUGAUUUCUCUCUCUGUAGGAGCGUGAAGCUGCUGCCCUGUUCCCCUGGCAAUCUCUUUGAUUUCAGACUGAUAGCAGGGGGUGGGGGUGGACUAAACGACUGCGGACACAGUAGAAAAAGAAGCACAUUUCAAUGCGACACACCAGCGUGACAGUUCUUAGUACUGUCUGACCUCUCGGCUUUUUCUAGCUGAGAGCCAUUACCACUGACCAGAUACUACAGCAAGUAGUUUCCUGUUUUUUUUCCUGUGGAAAAUGGACUUUAAUCAGAAAAUAUGUUUAUGUAAUACGCUUUGCAUUUAAAUUCAUCUGCCUCAGUAUACCUAACAGCACCAUAUGGUUUUCUCUACCUGGUUUCCCAAGAUGCACUCUGCUAAUUGUCCUCUCGGCGAUUCUGUAGUCACUGCAUUUGAAUUAGCGGGCACAAAUUAAGCGCUCUACUCUUAAAACUCAAUAAUUAGUGGUCUGCUAACAAGAUAGGUAAUGAGUCUAUUUAUUUACAUCCUGCACUUAAAAAGAAAAUUGAUCAUGUGUCAGAGUGACAUAGAACCUAUGAAACAGUGUCUAAAAAUGUACACAUUUGCCGAGAUAAAUUAGCAUUUUAACCAUUAGCUACACUGCUAAGAACACUACUAAAAGCCUUCAAUGAUCACGGAAUCAUUAAAAUGCAAAACAGGCUAAAAUAAGAGGCAGGACUACACUCACAUACACAGUUAACCCUGCUACAGUACCAAUAGGCUGCGCUCCUUUGCUUUAAGCAUAAUCGUUUGUGGUUGUUAAUCUCACACAUUUGAAAGUUCAUUGUUUUCUUUAUGGAAUUUCCUUUAAGAACUUUGGAUUAUAAAGGUAGUCUCCAUGUUCUGCUGCUCCACCAAUUUUAUGACUGAUAAUCAGAAAUGGUCUUGCACAUGUGAAAGAGAAAGUUGCAAUUAAAGUGUUGUAUCAGGCUUUUGGUACUACUGAAACAAGACCAGGUCAAAACCUAGUAUAUGGCUGGACCUAAACACACGUGAUCCAGCUGACCAAUGGUGUAACUG